CACAGGAAGCGUUUCUUUUAAAAACAGCAGAUCGAGCGACCUGAGAGACUGUUCAUCAAGCUGAAUUCAGGUUAUUUGUUGUGAAAGCUCCACAGGUUCAGAGAGGAAUGGUCUGCUUAAAACUAUUUCAGCUGGGAGGCUCUGCUUUGCUGCUCAGAAAAUGAAGCUGCUCACACUCAGCAUGAUGUGAUGUGGUGGAGAGAGGAACAGGAAAAUAACAACACAAAGAUGCUGAACAGCUGAUGGAGUUUCUCAUCAGUGGAGACUUUGAGGCUGAUGUACGAUUGAAGCUGGUUCAGUGUGCAGGACACACAGAAGUCGUGAAACAUGGCCUCUACAUCACAGUCUGCUGAAGGUUAUAUCGGAAGUGCAAGAUGCCACCUUGUGGGCGAAUUAAAGAAUCUAUCUGUGAUUUUAGAGAACUUAUAUCAGCGAGAAGUUCUCUGUGAUGAAGAGGUCAGUAAAAUACAGGCAGAGAAGGACGACUACGACAAAAGCAGAACAAUACUGGACUCAGUCACAAAGAAAGGAGAAAAAGCCUGCUAUGAGUUCCUCAAAAUUAUUGACAUGACAAGGAAGAGGACUUUAGAGAGACCUCCUCUUCAUCCUGGCACCAAGACGUUUGACCUGCAUCAUUGGAUCAGCUGCUUUUCCUUCAAGGAAGACACACAAAUGAAUGCAAACUAUUUACAAGGACCAAGGCCGUGCCACAGAUAUCAGGAAAAGUUAAAGUCAAAUGCAAAAGAGAUGUCAAAUAAGUUUUGGGGAGAAAGUAAAAAGCUGUUUGGAGGAAACAAGAAGCCUGAUCUGUCGUACGCAACACUUGUAUUAGACACAGACGAAAGUGUUUCUCCGUCUAAAAUAAAGAAAGUGAAGAAAAAGAAAAGCAAGCUGAGUCGCCCUAAAAAGCUGAGAAAAUACAUCCCUGAGGAGAAACCAGACAUUUCCCCCAGUGAGCUGCUGGAAACAGAUAAAAACAUUCUCUUGGUUGGAAAACCUGGAAUUGGAAAGACAGCACUGACUCAUGAAAUGUUGAGACUCUGGGCAGAAAGAGAAAGCAAAGAGCUUGAUUACAUGUUUUACUUUGACAUGAGGGAAACAUCUGACAUCAUAAGGGCCAAAAACUUAGAGGAACUUCUUUUUGGUGUGUUCUGUGAACCUGAUGAAGGCAAAGAUGAGGUCUUACAGGAUAUAAAGAGACACUCUGACAAUGUCAUAAUAAUUUUUGAUGGGAUCACAAAUCUCUCCUCACAGGUGGUCAAGAAAGUUUUAACAAAGAAACUACUUCCUCUUGCAAAGAUCAUCAUAACAUGCAGACCAGAUGAUGAGGAUGAAGACUUCCUUUCUGGGGACUUUGACAGAGUGGAGGUGAAAGGCUUUAGUGAGCAGACUAUAAAAACAUACUUAUCUGCAACACUCGGUGAAGAUCAGAAGAAAGUUUUGAGUAACUUGGAGUUGGUAACUCUUUGUCAUGUCCCCAUGUAUGCACUGAUGAUAGCUGCUUGCUUUAAAUCAGAAGACUUUCCACAGCCAUGUACAAUAACUGAGAUAUACAUCAAUAUUGUUCGAUUCUGCCUUCAGAUAAACAGCAAAACAAAGAACAAAGAUCUAAAUUUGUUCAUCAGCACCAAGAAAGAAGAAAUUCUGUCUCUGGCUGAAGUUGCUUUUCUUGCAACUCAACAAAAAUCUGUGAACCUGACAAACCUGCCCUGUAAAGACAGCUGUGUCCUGUCCUUCCUGAAACCACUUCUCAUUAAGGAGGCCCCGACUGAAACAAUAACCACAUAUGCAUUUCUCCAUUACACAGUGCAGGAGUUUUUUGCAGCACUGUGGAUCCUGAAGAAUCCUGAUAAAAUCAGAGAUGUUUUUCAGCAGUGCCUCACAGAGGAGAAGAAACAGAUGAAACAUCUGAUCCCCUUCAUGUGUCGACUGUUGAAUGAGAAGAGCCCAAGUUUGAUGAAGCAUCUGAUUCCAGAUCAGGACCUGAAGAAUACAUCUAACUGGUUCUUCAAGGAGCUGAUAAACACAUUUCUUCUUCAUCUGUGUGAGCAAGAAGAGGCUGACACUGAGGACAGUGGGCUCCAUGUUGACAUACUGUUCUUAUGUCAGUGCUUGUAUGAGUCCCAGAGUCCUGAAGCAUGCAUCUACUUUCUAAACAAGCUAAAAUACCGCCUUGACCUCAGUGGAGUGAGUGUGGAUCCUUACCCUUGCUGUGCUGUGGCUUAUGUGGUCACUCAGUCAGAGAAGAAGAAAAUAUGUCUGAACCUCGAGGAUGUUGUGAUAUCAGAACAAGGAAUGAGACAGCUGUUUGAAUGCUUUAAAAAUGUUCAGUGGUCUGGCCCUCUGCCUCGACAGCUUUGGGAGAUUUUUCUUAUCAAUGAAGAGCAGAUGAACUUUGUAAGCUUACUCAGCCUAGAUGGAAACCUUCACCUUCUAGUUGAUGGUGAAAAGAAGCUUUUUGAAAGAGCUGCUGAAGUCAUGCAGAGGAUGCAUACAAAGGUUAAUGUGUGCCUCCACUGGGACAAGGAAACUCCUGCCUGUCACAGUCAGUGUGAGUCUCUGUUAAAGGCUUUGCCGUUCAUCAGCUCACUCAGAAAUAAUGGUGUAACCCUAAAGACCAGGAGGUAAUAAUGACGGGAGUCUACCGCCCACUGAAUUGCCAGGCAGUCCUUUUCCAUGGUGCUGUACCUGGCCUCCCGCUCUCAAAAUUUCCGGCUGAUGUACAUGAUGGGGUGGUUGACUCUUCUUACUUCCUGGGUUAAAACACCCCCAAGCCCUCUGUUCAAGGUGCUGGUCCUAACCGGUCCAGGAGCUCAUCGACCCGGGGCAUGGGAUAAGCAUCGAUAUCUGACACCUGAUUCACCUUGAAAUAGUCCACACAGAACUGUAUAGACCUAUCUUUCUUCUGUUGAUGCCAUCUUUAGCAUUUCUGCCAAUUCCUUUUGAACAGUCUGUCUUUUGUGCUCAGAUAACCUGUAGGACUGUGAAUGCACCGUCACGCCAGGCUGCAUUUCAAAGUGAUGCUCCAUGAGAUUCAUAUGGCCAGGCAGAGGAGAGAACACAUCCACAAACCGCUGUUGAAAUGGGUGUUAACCGCUGCUCUCUGGGCCUGUGUGAGAUGGUUACAACAAUGGAGGGAGGCGGGAAUGGUGGAAUUUGGCAGGCUCACGAGGGCAGCGGUUUCAGCCCCUAUCUAUGCUUUAAGGAGAUUGAGGUGAUAGAUCUGUGUGGUUCCGCCCCUGUCUGACCAUGCCACCUUGUAGUCCACGUCCCACACUUGCGAUGUGACCACGAAGGGCCCUUGCCACUUGGCAAGUAGCUUUGAGCUAGAAGACGGGAGUAAUACAGCACUUUAUCUCCCAGUAGAAAUUGCCUGGGUCUAGUCCCGCUGUUGUACAGGUGCUGCUGUUGUUCCUUGGCCUGGACUAAAUCCUUCCAUGAUAACCUAUCCAACACUUGAAGCUUUGCUCUCAGGUCCAGGGCGUAUUGAAUCUCGUUUUUAGCCGGGCUUGGACCCCCAGUUUUCUUUAAUAAGGUUGAGCGCCAACCACAGUUUCCUGCCGAACAAUAACUGAAAGGGAGAAAAUCCCAGCACCGCUUCAGGGCUGACCAUUGUUUCUUAUCACUUGGUCGAAGGCUGAGCGUAGGUUGUCAUUUCGAGACUGCUCCAAUAGAAAAAUCUUCCGUGGAGCACACUGCCGUAUGCUCCUCCCUGGAGCCGGUGUUGGAUGACCCCGCAUCACCGCUCAGCAUAUUUACUAACCCGUGCUAAAGAAUAAAAAAGGCACAUGCUUUGAGCUGGUGUUAGGUUCACAAUAGGAAAGUUUAUUUUUCCUCUGUGCCGCAAAUCACUACUCAAUACCACUAGUGUGCUAUGCGUCCUCUUAUGUCCGGAUGUAAUAGCAUUUUAAUACCUGAAACUACCAUAAUCCAACAAGAACGUUUGAAUGAACUUUUGACUUUUGAAUGAACUUUUAAUUCAAUAACUUUUGAAUUAGGGUUUAAAGCAGGGGUGGGCAACUCCAGGGUCAACAAUUACAACCAUAAACACACAAAAAAAAAACCUUAGGGGUGGCUAUUUUCCGCUGUUUAUUUUCAAUACCAUGUUUUAACAGGUAGCUAAUUUUAACUUUUAACUUUAACAUUUGUAUUUAUAUGUAACACAGUAUCAUAGCUGUCUCAGAAUUGGGUUUGUACAAGCAUGGGCAUUCUACAUUUAUAAUAAGUUUUUUUAUAAUAAGUUUUUUUUUUUUCCCCUUUUGUAUUACAGCAUGACACAGACCCUGUGUCUACUCCCUGCUAUACAUUGGGUGCUUAAUGUUUGAUCAAAUCAAGUUUAACAGAAAUCUGAAAUUUUGUUUUUCAGCUUCAGAGGUCCAGUUUCAUGGAGGCAGGAGAAAUACCAUGGGACACUGGAGAGGGAGCAGAAGAGGCUAUUCAUGGAUUUAUGCCUGAAAGCAGCACUUCAUGAUAAAGAAAAAAACAAAGAUAUACUGAAGA